GUCUUUCUGCUCUUGUACUUCAGUGAAUGUAACAAAUGUGAUGACAAGAAAGAGAGGUCCCUGCUGCCUGCUCUAAGGGGUGCUCAGAAAUUGGAUUAAGAGGGUUUAUCAGGUCACAAGGACCUGAGGAGAGCCUUGCAGGAUCCGACCUAAAGUCCACCAUCUUGUCCACCAUCCUGCUUCCUCCAGUGCCCUAACAGAUGCUUUCUGGGAAGCCCACAAACAGGACAAGACUGCAGUCACCCUCUCCUGCUAUUGCUCCUUGGCAUCUGGUAUUCAGUGGAAUAUUGCCUCUGAAUAUGCAAGUUCCAUCUAGUGAUUACGAUUAAAAGACAUUGAUAGAUUGGGAUAAGAUUUGUCUAAGGCAGAUGUUGCUGAGCUGCAACUCCCAUCAGCCCCAGCAAGCAUGGCCAAUUGAACAGAGAUGAUGGGUAAUUCAGCAACAUCUGGAGGGACAAAGGAACCCCACUCCUGCUCUAAGGUUUCUGAAUGGAGAACUGCUAUCUAUCACCAUAUAGAAGAAGUCUGGAAAACAAUGACAUGGCGUCCAGUGCAUACCUAUGAAAUACUAUAAACAUCUGUGCUAUCAGACACAAGGGAGAUUACUUUUUUGGCAGUGCCCCCACAUUUUUGGAACUUUGUCCCAAUUGAGAUUCAACAGGCCCUGUCAUUGCAGUCCUUUAAGCAGCUGUUAUGUCAAGAAGCCAAGAAGGACCUGGAGAGAUGGGAAAGGCAGUCCUCAUCCCCAAAGAUGAUCAGGAAAAAAUGAAAGAGUUGUUUAAAAUCAACCAGUUUAAUCUAAUGGCCAGUGACAUGAUUGCAUUCAACAGAAGUUUACCUGAUGUAAGACUAGAGGGAUGCAAGACAAAAGUCUACCCUGAUGAACUACCAAACACAAGUGUGGUCAUAGUAUUUCAUAAUGAAGCCUGGAGUACUUUGCUUCGUACUAUUUACAGUGUUAUCAAUCGGUCUCCCCACUAUCUACUUUCUGAGAUCAUCUUGGUAGAUGAUGCUAGUGAAAGAGAUUUUCUGAAGGUCCCAUUAGAGAUUUAUGUCAAAAACUUGCAAGUGCCAGUAAAAAUUAUUAGGAUGGAACAGCGGUCAGGACUGAUCCGAGCUCGGCUUAGAGGAGCAGCAGCUUCCAAGGGCCAAGUCAUAACUUUCCUGGAUGCACACUGUGAAUGCACGUUAGGCUGGCUGGAGCCCCUGCUAGCAAGAAUAAAGGAAGACAGAAAGAUUGUUGUUUGCCCAAUUAUUGAUGUGAUCAGUGACGACACUUUUGAGUAUAUGGCUGGCUCAGACAUGACUUACGGAGGUUUUAACUGGAAACUUAAUUUUCGUUGGUAUCCUGUUCCCCAGAGAGAGAUGGAUAGAAGAAAAGGAGAUAGAACAUUGCCUGUGAGGACCCCUACUAUGGCUGGUGGCCUAUUUUCUAUUGACAGAAACUACUUUGAAGAGAUAGGAACUUACGAUGCAGGAAUGGAUAUCUGGGGUGGAGAGAAUCUUGAAAUGUCUUUUAGGAUCUGGCAAUGUGGUGGCUCACUAGAGAUUGUAACAUGUUCACACGUUGGCCACGUCUUUCGAAAAGCUACACCUUACACAUUUCCUGGUGGCACUGGUCAUGUAAUUAACAAGAACAAUAGACGACUUGCAGAGGUAUGGAUGGAUGAAUUUAAAGAUUUCUUCUAUAUAAUAUCCCCAGGAGUUGUCAAAGUGGAUUAUGGAGAUGUGUCAGCCAGAAAAGCAUUGAGAGAGAACCUAAAAUGUAAACCAUUUUCAUGGUACCUAGAAAACAUCUAUCCAGACUCCCAGAUUCCACGGCGAUAUUAUUCUCUUGGAGAGAUCAGAAAUGUUGAGACGAACCAAUGCUUAGAUAACAUGGGACGGAAGGAAAAUGAAAAAGUAGGCAUAUUCAACUGCCAUGGUAUGGGAGGAAACCAGGUAUUUUCAUACACUGCUGACAAGGAGAUUCGUACAGAUGAUCUAUGUUUGGAUGUCUCUAGGCUCAAUGGUCCUGUGAUUAUGUUAAAGUGCCACCAUAUGAGAGGAAAUCAACUUUGGGAGUAUGAUGCUGAGCAACUUACCUUGAGACAUGUCAACAGCAACCAGUGUCUUGAUGAACCCUCUGAGGAUGACAAAAUGGUUCCUACCAUGAAGGACUGCAGUGAAAGUCGAUCCCAGCAGUGGCUGCUACGUAACAUGACCUUGGGUGCCUAAAGCCAAGAAAGACUUGCUGUGUUUCCUCAGGCCUUGUAAGGUUUUAAACCUCUCACACUUCACACAGUUUGAUCGAACAAAAGGAUAAUCCUCUUUCCAUGGUGUUGGUGAAGUGAAAGGUUUUGAAUGCUCGGUUAAAAGCCCACCUGUUAGAAAAAAACAGGGGGGGAAACCGUUUUUUAUUGCUUAAAGCAUGUUUGCACUUUUCCCCUCAGAAUUGUUUUACUCAUUCAGCUAAACACACAAGCGCUCUAUAUACCGUAACAUACUCUAUGAUCAAGACAUGAUAUCCCUGAGAAAAAUUAGACUCAUGGGAACCAUUACAAAGGUUUUGGGGAGAGUGGGCUUGCUGUUGAUUCUGUCAUGUAAUGUUGCUUGAAAGUGACAAUGUUAAAUGCCUUAUGAAACUCACUUGCAUUGUGAAAGAUUAUAUCAUUUGUUUUAUUAAGUCGAUGUGCUUGUACUGGUCCUUCAUGGCAACAGAGGAAGAAUUAGUUUUUAAUCUGCGCCAGCCAUAACCAGCAGAUAGCUCAGCCAAAAUGAUUUCUGAGCAGUAAAUUUACUGUAUAUAAUGGAUGUCUUUCAUGUAUAAUACCAGGGGGAAAGGUGGCAUUGCUGUUCUUGAAAUGUCUUUGUAAAAUCAACAGAACUAAAUGAAGGAUAUAUGCUGGUAGAUGGGAGAUAAAAUUGAAAUCACAUCAACAAGGUAAUACAAUGAAGUUGAAUUUAUGUGGUACAUGGAUAACAUAUACCCUUGGCAAAGUAUAACCCAUUCUGAACAAUAGUAAAGCCUUUGGCCAAUUCUUAUCAACUCCCAUUAGAGACACAAAUAUGAAAGGUAGCAAAACUUGAUUACCUUGAAUCAGGGUGAAACUCUUGAAACUUGUACUUAGAAAGUGUCUAAAGCAGGUUUAUGCUAGACACUUUAACAGAGUUCAAGCUUUGUUGCAUUAAUCCCCUUUUCCAUAUUGAUUAUAUUGCAAUUUUAAAAAAUUGCUUUUGGUAUUGUAGCAAAUUAACAAUACAUAUAGUCCCCACCUAAAAAUGCAAAGCUUCAAUCUGUUUACAAGUGUGUAUUAAACAGUUCUACAUGUAACAACGACAGGCACGUAACUAGUCACUCAUUAAAAAGCAUGUCUAAUAAGCAGAUGACCUAUAAAGUAGCCACUUUGGGAGGCAUGUUUGUUCAGGAGGUAUAUUAAAACUAUAAAGAAUAAAGAAUAUUUUGUUUAAAAAUAGGGGCAAUGUCAUGGCAUAAUUCUAUGCCUGAGUAUAAGUGGGAACAGUUUUAGCUAACAAUGGAAGCUGUAGUGGCUCCAUUGUUAGGUCUGUUAUAAGCAAUAUUGUGUCUAGAAAUGAAAAAAGUGCUUAGCUUUAGCUGGAUAGUAUAUCAGGGUCAGUUGCCAAGCCAAAAUAUUGUGCUUUAUUGUGUGGUUUGAAUUUGCCAACAUUGUCACCACAGUGCAAUGGGGAAUGAUUUGGCUAGGCCUGUCUCUUUCACAUUGCAGCAACAGGCUUUGGGCCUUGGUAGACAGUUGGAUAGAGACUGUUCCUGUGGAUGGGACCUGCCACACUGUUUCCCUUACAUAAAUAUCACCUGUCUGGAGUUUGAAUAUGCCUAUUUGUCUUAUGUACACACCCCUAGAAGAGUUCUAAGCUGCCACCAUAUCAAUAAGUUAGAGCUCCAGACAGGCUGUCAGAGCUCAGCAGGAUCCAAGGUGAAAGACAUGGUUAAACAGACUAAUGGUCAGGUUCCAAGGAAAGCAGGCAGGCAGGCAGGCAAAGAUCCAAUGCACCCAGAAGCAGAAGAUGUUGAGCAGGGGGUUGGACUUGAUGGCCUUAUAGGCCCCUUCCAACUCUACUAUUCUAUGAUUUUAUGUACUACGAGAAGGGCUGGAGUGGAGAUAUUAGGCAUACAAAGAUAAAUAGACUAUAUAUAAAUAAAAUAUAUCAGCUUGGCUGAUGUUGAUCAGAUGCUGGAUGAGGCAAGGCAGGAUUCUGUUUAGCACCUUAUCUGAUAGACAAGUUUGCAGACUUAAAAGAGUCUUGGAGACUUCUUAAAUAAGGCCAGUAGCAUCUGGAUUGGCUGCCCGGAUUACCUGAAUCCUCUAGGAGUGACUGGCAGCAGUUUCCCCUCCUGCCACUAUCAGGGUAGUGCAAGUUGGGAAGAACUAGUUUUCAGUCUGCUCAUCCCUCUCCCUGUACAAUAUGGUACCUGGUACUUGGAAAGAAUAAGUUCUCUGUAAGGACCUUGUCCAUUUGCAUGAACUCCAGGUUUCUACCAUUAGUGAUCACUGACUGGGAUAAAUCUUUGGUAAGGGUCCAUAUAAAUCUUCUAUUGGUGUUUGAAGAAGUGCCUCUCUUUCUCUCGAAGAGAGAAGUCUCUCAGAACCACCUGAUAGUUCAUCUGUGUGCAGUGAAGGGCAUUUUUUCAGGUCUCCUCAUUUUAAGUUGUGCAUGAAUUUGAACCACAUUUUGAGGAGCAAGCUUGUCUUUAGAGUAACAGUGCAGUUCACCUGUCAGCCCUGGGGCCUGCUUGUGCAUCAGGCUACUGAUUCUGAGCCUGACACAGGUCAGUGAUAAUCAAGAGGCAGUAGCC